AUGUCUCUGAACUCAUUUGUGCUAUUGGUCUUGAUAUUCUACGGGUACUACACCGCCUUGGCGGUGCGUCUUGGUAGCAGUGACGAGGAGGCGAGCGAAGAAGACAAACUUUAUAUCAGAAUGCUACCGAGCAAGCACAUUCGUGUUGGCAGAGUUGUAAUGGAGUCCAUGUUAAGCUCGAUCCGGGAAGCGGUGGACAAAGCAGUUGACGACUUCUGGGAGUAUCAUAAGCUUCUUCCGGAGCCGCGAAUGGUCAAUUUUCCUGCAAACAGUCUAAUUUCCAAACCAAAUCUUCUUGGGAAUGAUCAGCUGGCUCCGGAAAGAGCUGGGCUUCCUAAGCUAACCUCGCCAGUGAACCAGUACGCAUCAUUCCUGCUAGAGAAAAGAUUUUCUGAAGACCCUGAUAGUCAAAGCACUGCCAAUCAGACCUAUGAUGAUUUUCCGAACCCUCUACUAUCAAUAAAGUCAACAGACCUUAUCACCGAUGGUCCAGACAUCUAA